AUGGGACUGCUAUCCGACGCGCUGCGACCGCGGCAGCAGCAGCAACAAUUGCCAGUAUACCAACGGCCCGGAUCACCCUCAAAAGAGCGAUACUCCGACGACGACUACUACUACUCCGAUGAAGACGACAGCUCUUCGUCGUCACGGCCCAGCAACUCUGGGUACAGCUCACGCAGCGUCUCGGACACGAUUGGCAGUAGCAGCAACAGCGGCGGAGCGCUGCUCCUACCAAAGCGACCCAAAGCCAGGUCAUCCAACAGCCUAGGCUUCUUCAGCCGAUAUCGUUUCAGGUUACCGACGAAGCUGACACGAUAUGUGCUGCUCGUCGUCCUGGGCACCACUCUACUCUUUAUCUUCUCGUUGGUACGGGCCAGUCAGGUCGAAAACUGGAAAGUCGUCAACGGCAAGGUGCCGACGCGGCCGGCACCACCUCCAGUUUGGGAAAAAUUCCCCUUCUUGGAGCGUUAUUAUGGUGGAAUUAGGACACUAGUGCCUCUCAACGAGAGCGAGCCAGAGUAUCCCCGGGAGAACGAGCCCAUCCCUAUGGAACGCCCUAGUUCUGCGGAGGACGAGGAUCCCGAGAAUGAGACGAGGUCCGAAACGAACCCCAAAGGAAAAGAGACAAUCGAAAAGAAGGCAGUUCCUCCGAGCAUGGUAUGGAGCGAUUACCGCAAUCGAUCAGUGGAAGCCGACAUACAGGAGUGUUUCAUUGAUCCGGCGAAUCAGAUUCGGGUUCCCGAGCUUCGCUACUACACUGGCCGACCCCAUGGCUUUCCGAUGCAUAUUGGCGGCUCCUACGAGAUGCUCAACCUGCCAGAAGACAUGUGCUUCGAGCGAUACGGCCGCUACGGUCCCUAUGGAUUUGGCUACUCUACCCGCACGGGUGGUCUCGGCACAGGCGAGCACAGCGAAAACGAAGGCGCCGAGCUAGUCUGGGACAGCAGACUCCAAGUUGACUUCAGAGAUGUUGACUGGGCAGAGACUCAGCGCCGCUGUUUGCGGUCUAAUGCCCACAGAUUCAAGGCUUUACCGACAAGAAAGAUUGGCUCACAGGGCUUCGUCAAUGCAGUGCUAGAGUCUGACAAAAAUCAGAAACGCGGCGAAGACGAGACUGUAACGCCUCCCUUGUCCACAGAGACAAAGGCGACCGAUGACGACGACAGCAUUGCCAAGAAAGGAAGGACAGCCAUUGUAUUCCGGUGCUGGGACGAGUUCUUCUUCCGUGAAGACGACAUUGCCAACCUUAGAUCAAUGAUUAUGGAGCUCUCGCUCGGUUCUGGUGGCCGCUAUGAUGUGCACCUCCUGGUUCAGGUCAAGAACGAUGGCGCGCACCCUGUCUGGGCGGACCAAGAAGCUUAUGAGCAGCGGAUUCGCGAAACCAUCCCCAAGGAGUUCCAAGGUCUCGUUACUCUGUGGACAGAGACACAAAUGCUCUCGAUCUACCAGGGCAUUCAUGACAAGUGGACAGUUGGACCGGACCACUCCGUUCAUGGGUCCUACCGCGGCCUCGUCAUGGCUAUGCAGUACUUCGCGUACCAACACCCGGAAUAUGACCACUUUUGGCAUUGGGAAAUGGAUGUCCGCUAUACCGGGCAUUACUACGAUCUGUUGACCAAGAUCGAGUCGUGGGCCCAAGAGCAGCCGCGCAAGGGCCUGUGGGAGCGCAAUGCGCGCUUCUACAUCCCUGCUACGCACGGCUCGUGGGACGACUUCAAGCAUCUCGCACGCGUGCAGACGGAGACAGGCACGGUUUCGGCGGACAACGUCUGGGGCAACCUGCCCACACUCAACGAGGGCGAGUCGCAGCAGCGGACGCGCAAGGGCGACCGCUCCGUCUGGGGCCCGAUCCGGCCCGCCGACGAGAACGACUGGUUCGAGCACGAGGACGACCCCGUGCCGCCGACGACGUACGAGAGCGACAAGUACCAAUGGGGCGUCGGCGAGGAGGCCGACUACAUCACGCUCAACCCCGUGUUCAACCCCGAAGGCACGACAUGGGGCCUGCGCGACGACAUUACGGGCUUCAACGAGUCACACCCGCCGCCACCGCGCCGCGCGAGCAUCAUCACGACGUCGCGCAUGAGCCGUCGCUUACUGCUAUCGAUGCACCGCGCGACAACGUUCAAGAAGCAGUUUGCCUUUGCCGAGAUGUGGCCCGCGACCGUGGCGCUGCACCACGGCUACAAGGCCGUGUUCGUGCCGCACCCGCUCUUCGUCGACCGCAAGUGGCCGGUCGAGUACCUGGCGAGCACGCUCAACGCGGGCCGCAACGGGGCCGCCGGCGGCGCCCGCGCGAGCGUCUACGGCGCCCGUGAGCACAACCUCCGCGGCCUCUCGUGGUUCUACAACACGGGCUUCGCACCCAACCUCUACCGCCGCUGGCUCGGCCUCCGCGUCAACAACGACGGCGGCGAGGACUUUGAGAAGACGGAGGACAGCAGCCGCCAGGGUGACGGGGUGGGUGCCAUGCCGGGUGGUGAAGGGCGCAUGUGCCUUCCGCCCAUGCUGCUCCAUCCCAUCAAGGAAGUUGAGCUCGCGGUUGAGGCGCCCCCGGAGGAGGCCGAGGAGGCGGUUGAAUCGGACCCCACGGCGUGA